GUUGACUCUCCGUCUUCACUUGGCUGCAUUCGAUUAAGCGGCUCCGGAGACGCGACCAUGCUGUGGAAACUAGUGGAGAAUGUCAAGUAUGAAGAUAUUUACGAGGACCGCCAUGACGGGGUCUCGAGCCACAGCUCCCGUCUGUCCCAGCUGGGCUCGGUGUCGCACGCCGGCCCCUACUCGAGCGCGCCGCCGCUCUCGCACGCGCCCUCCUCGGACUUCCAGCCGCCCUACUUCCCGCCGCCCUACCAGCCGCUGGCCCACUACCAGAGCCAGGACCCCUACUCGCACGUCAGCGACCCCUACUCCCUGAACCCGCUGCACCAGAGCCAGCAGGGCGCGUGGGGCGCGCGGCAGCGGCAGGACGCGGCCGGGGAGCGGAUGGACAGUUCCGGGCUGCUGGCGCAGCCGCGGGCCUCGCUGCCGCAGCUCUCCGGGCUGGACCCGCGCCGGGACUACAGCGGCGUGCGGCGGCCGGACGUGCUGCUGCACGCGGCCCACCCGGGGCUCGAGGCCGGCAUGGGCGACGGACUGCUGCACGGACUUCACGGCAUGGACGACGUCCAGACGAUCGACGACAGCAACGGCACCAACAUACUGGACCAGUCGGUCAUCAAGAAAGUGCCCAUGCCGCCUAAGAACGUGGGGUCUCUGAUGCUGGGCAAAGACGGCCUGAUCGGCGGCGUCACCGUCAACAUCAACGAGCUCUUCUGCUCGGUCCCCGGACGCCUGUCGCUGCUCAGCUCCACCUCCAAGUACAAGGUGACGGUGGGGGAGGUCCAGAGGAGGCUGUCGCCGCCCGAGUGUCUCAACGCCUCGCUGCUGGGCGGCGUGCUGAGGAGAGCCAAGUCCAAAAACGGAGGCAAGUGUCUGCGAGAGAAGCUGGAGAAGAUCGGGCUGAACUUACCCGCCGGGAGACGCAAGGCCGCCAACGUGACGCUGCUGACCUCACUGGUGGAAGGGGAGGCCGUCCAUCUGGCCCGGGACUUCGGCUACAUCUGUGAAACGGAGUUUCCCACCAAGGCCGUGAGCGAGUACCUGAACCGGCAGCACACGGACCCCAACGAGCUCCACACACGCAAGAACAUGCUGCUGGCCACCAAACAACUGUGUAAGGAGUUCACCGACCUGCUGGCCCAGGACAGGACUCCCCUGGGCAACUCCAGGCCCAGCCCCAUCCUGGAGCCCGGCAUCCAAAGCUGCCUCUCCCACUUCUCCUUCAUCACGCACGGCUUUGGCUCCCCAGCCAUCUGUGCGGCGCUCACCGCCCUCCAGAACUACCUCACUGAGGCCUUGAAAGGACUCGACAAGAUGUUCCUCAACAACCCCUCCAACAACCGCCACGGUGACUCUGGCAACAAAGGAGCCGACAAAGAGGACAAGCAGCGGAAAUGAAGCGCACGGGGGCUGGGGCGAGGCGAGGCUGGGUGGGGGGGGACACAGGGAUCCAGGCGUCCUCUCUAGCGCCACGCUGCUGACCCGCCGCUCAUCAGGCCGAGGCGCAGGACGGAGGAGCCGCGCGCCCCUGGGCCAGAGUCAGAGACACAGAGGGAUUUUUCAUCCGACUUCUUUUUAUUCCCCCAGAGGACUUCACAGUUACUGUGCUACAUCCAUUUCACUGCCCUGAGACAUGCCGACCGAGACGGAAAAACAUUGUGCGACCGCUCCAUCAGUGUUUCCUCCUUGCCGCGAGAGAGAGAGAGAGCGAGAAAAGAAAGAGGCAAGCAAGGGCUCGUCUGCUGAAGGCUUUUAACUGACAUGUGUACAUAUUUAUUUAUUUUAAUUUCAACGAAUGCUUGUGUAAAUAGGUGUGCCAGCUAUUUUUCGGAGUAGGCCUAUUUAUCUGUGGUGUUGGUGGGCAGCCAGAGGGGGCGCUGUUCUGGUGUUUUCUUUUUCCGUUCUAGAGCUGUUGUCAUGGUGAUGAUGAAGAUGAUGAAGGGUAGACAUGCUUCCAGUUGUCCAGUGGUUUCAUUUCUAUCACAUUGAUAAUAAACCGUGUGUUUUACUACGACACAUCCGCAGCGUUGAGCUUUCCUCAGCCACGGAGAGGAAACCGUCCUGCUCCUCUCAGGAGCUUGUUUGCUCCACUUUAAAGACACGACUUGUUUGGAUUC